UCUGCUUAGGAUAUCUUCCAAGGAUUCCCAGUUAUAAAUCUAUAAUCUUUCCAAAAAGAGCAGUCUUUUCCUUAGCAAAGUGCGGGCAUUUUUUGACCUGAUAAACACUUGGAUCUUGCUUGGCUCUUGCUUGGAGAAAAACUGUGAACAUGGCGAACAUGGCGCAGUGGACGGAGCUACCAAAGGAUCUUCUUCUCUUAAUAGCCAAAACACUCGAAACCCAGAUAGAUUAUCUCCGUUUUAGAUCUGUCUGCCCCUCCUGGAGGUCCUCAGCUCCACCAAAGCCUCGAGCUCUCCUCGGCCAUUUCUCUGUUUCUGAUAAUCCGUCCACCUGUUCGAACAAUUACCACGUCUCCAAACGCACCAUUUACAUCGUCGAAUUGCCUGAAAGAACUCAUCAGAACCAGACACCAAGUCAUCAAUGGUUGAUUAAGGUAGAGGAAGAUGUCUCUGGCAGGAUGCAUCUGCUGCAUCCACUAUUCAACUCCUUCUUCAAAACCCUUCCAGCUAAUUUUCCAAGAGUGAUGGACUUAUUGAAUACCCGUGUUCUUCAAUUGGGUGAUGAGUAUGUUCGUCAGUGCAGAACAAAUUACAGUCCUUCCAAUGGGCCAUUGAAAGGAACACGCCAAUUCCUGCAUAUUGGUAAGGUUGCUUUUAUGGGUUUGAGUUGUAAUAAUGAUGAUGAUUAUGUAUUACUUGGACCUUCUUCAUCUGGCGGAUUGACCAUGUUUAGUUCCAGAGAUAACCAAUGGACUGCAAUGGGUGAUCACCGUCUGAACUAUGUGGAUGUUACUGCUUUCCAUGGCAAGUUCUAUGCCAUUGAAAAAAGAGGAAUGACAUCCAUCAUUGAUCCUUGUUGUCCAUCAAAGUUUACCUCAUUUAAGUCUUUAAGGCUUGGUGAUGACACCAAGCAGUUCUUGGUUGAAUCAAGUGGUGAUUUGUUGUUGGUUGACAUGAAUGUAUCUGCUUGGGUUAGACAAUACUGGGAUUUCAAGCCAAUGGACAACAAUUGUAUUUUUAGCUUUACUGUGUUCAAGUUAGAUGGCCAGAAAUGGGAGCCGGUGAAAAGUUUAGGGGACAGUGUGUUGUUUUUGAGUGACUACUCCACAUUUUCAGCCUCUGCAUCUGAUGUUUCUGGAGUCCAAGGAAACUGCAUAAUCUUUAGUUAUGGAUCUUUUAUGUACAUUGAGGAGGAAGAUGAUCAAUCAAAGAGGAGUAGCACAUAUAUCUUUGAUCUUGAAAAUGAUAAUGUCAAAUGUGCAAACGAAAAGCCAGAGUAUUCCAAGUUGUUCUGGCCUCCUCCUGAUUGGGUAACUUCAAUGGGAAAGUGAAAGAUUGUAAAGAGUUUGUUCAUUUUCCCCACCAUGAAGUUCCACUUUGUGACUAGUAAAUCUUAUGUCAGCUUCUACCUUUCCUAUGCCUGUAAUUUUCCACUAAACUAGUGAAGACUUUUGUGGUUUUAUUUUUCAAUUGUAAUUUUCCACUAAACAGCUAAACAACUUGAAAGUGAAGUGGAUUACAUUCAUUUUAGA